GUUUUUACAAGUAUCGAUCAGGGCAAACUGAUUUCACCUUUGUAUUCAAAAAGGAGUCAUAUAAAUUGAAAAUGGAUCUUACUAAUCUGAUGAAGUAUGGUUCAGUCAAAAUGAAAACAAGUGCUAGUCAGAUGAAUGGUAAUCACAAGAAUGACAACUCUUUCAUUGAUCCUUAUAUAAGAGUACUGGAUGUUGAGGUUAUAACCAAUGAUCUUGUGGGAAGGAAUUCACACAACUACAGUGGCAAUCAGAAUGUUGGUCCACCUUACAGAACAGAAUAUGUUGAUAUAUUUUGGCAGAAAGUUGAGAGAUGCUAUGCUGAGUUGAAGGCCUCUAUUUCCAUAAUGCAUGAUACCACAAAAGUUUUCAAAAUUUCUAUUAUAAAUGUCAAUUCCUCUGUUGAGAAUGUUAAUAAUACAAUGAAUGAACUUGAGAGAGUCCAGAAUGCCUUAGGAAAGAGACAAGAUUCUGAAGAUUAUAAGGAAAAUCGAAUUUCAAAAAGACAUCAAAACAUAUUGACUACACCACCAUGUGAAGAUGAAAGCAUUUUCAUUGGGUCAACUAAGGGAGAUCUACUUGGACCACAAUCUUCUGCAAUUGAUGAUGCAACAGAUGAGUAUAGUAUAUCAAUGCCACCCACCAAAAAGAUAGCAACACAACCAGCUCUUCAAGACAAAAGCAACAUGAUAGAUAAUGCAAUGAUAGAUGACAAUAAUGGGUUGGACAAAUGGGCAAAGGAAACUCUUCAGCAUAAUGGAGAAUGGCUUGUUGGUAAUAAAAAGGUGAAUGUACAUGAUUUGCUGGUACUACUUACAUGGUUUGGAAAUAUUAGUCUUGCAUGUUACGAUAUAAUUGAUAUUACACCAGAAACCAACAGUGAUUUUGUUAAAAAUCAGCCAAAAGAUGAACUAGAAGAAAUGAAGAAAUAUGGAUCACCAGUACCUGAUAUUGAUAAUAGUGAUAUUAAUCAUGAAAAUGGUCAAGGUAUUUCAUGUUUGAGAAAUUAUUAUUGA